ACAGUAGAUGUGUGGAAGUUGUCGCGAGCAAGAGCUGUGUCGGGCGUCUUCUAGGCCAUGAUGAAGUGAGCUCGGGCAGGAAACUGGAAAAAGGGGAAGAUGUAUUAUCCUGUGGGGCUUCCCAAGAGGCUCAGAAUCCCGGGGACACGCGACGGACAGGUGAAAUCCGUGGUGUGCAACCGAGACAGGAUCCUCUUUGCCAUCCUGACUGAACGGGCGAUUUGGAUCUGGUUCAGUCGACCAUGUGUACCAGUGGUAGUGCACCGUCGGUCAGAUGAGUCUGUUCUCAGCCUGGGGACCAACGAAUUUCUAGAAUGGAGGCCUGAUUCUUCUAUGAUUGUUGUUGCGACAAAUAAAAAUCGACUUAUUUACUACUCUAUUGUUGUUGACGAGUCACGAAGAGAAGUAUAUGAACAGCGAGAUCCCCCUAAUCCUACCCUGAAACGCGAAUCUGCUGAGCUUUACUCCAGUGAAUCUAUACCUCCUCUUGUCUUCUCAACAGCUUUUGAGACUGAGGUUACAGGAGGGGUAACUGGCUUGGUUUGUCUUCGAGAUGAACUCAUGGUUGCUACGGGGACUGGUCAUAUACAGCGACUGCGUUGGGAUGGAUCUCUCAACUACGACUAUUGCAUAGAUCUUCGAAGAGUUCCUUUCUGUGAUGACCAACUUGUUAUGAAAGCUGUGCCUCUGGAUGCCCCUGGAGUACACGUUGUAGAUCUAGAGUACUCGCCACUGGUUGGAGGAUUUGCUGUUGUAUUAAGUGAUGGCCGAGCGGCUUUUCUCACCGCGUCAACCCUCAAGUUCGACCCUAAUGCCGUGCAAGGGAUCUGGGCCCGAGACCUGGAGGACGCCACCUGCGCAGCCAUCAAUCACAAGUACAGGUUACUGGCGUAUGGUCGGGCGAACUCACAAGGUGUUGUAUAUACUGUAGAUGAGGCCACUGGGGGUCUGGAAGUCUCCCAUAGGCUUAUAUUGUCCAGUCGGGAUUUUGCAGGAUCACCUGGUCCUGUUGGGUUUAUGAAAUGGACUCCAGAUGGCACUGUAUUGGGCAUGACUUGGGAGGGAGGUGGAAUAUCCUUGUGGAGUGUUUUUGGCUCACUGCUUACAGUGUCCUUGCGAUGGGAUUACACUGAAGAUCCUCUCUCUAAAGCCAUCACCAUCACGAACAUGGAAUGGGGUGCGGAGGGGUAUGAAGUAUGGUGCAUUCAAAAACUAGAAGAAGAAAUUAGCAAACAGGAAACACAAGACCAACAAUUGUAUACUGAGAAAGGUUCCAGAGAUAUGCCCAUUGUGGAAGAUCACCUGGAAGAGAUCAAGGAAUGUAAGGAAAUGCCUCAAGGUGCUGUAGAGACAGAGGAUAUUGAGGUUGGGGCAGAAGUGACAGAGUCCUCACACUCAACAGAUGUUCAGGAGAAAACAUGUGUGCUACAGUUUUCCUUUAUCAAGAGUGCUCUUACAGUUAAUCCCUGUAUGAGUCGAUUGGGGCGAGUCCUACUACAGGGGAAUGACCGACUCUACCUCAACACUUGUGAGGGACUGGCUGGGAUGCCAGACCCUACCCAGGAUUCCUUGUCUCUUUACUUUGAUGACGAUGAAGAAGGUGCAUUUGAGGAUCCCUUACAAGCUAAAGACUCACAGUUUUGUGUGGCAGCUAAGAAACAGUGGAUUGUUAUCCCGAUACCCUACAGUUACACAGCUUCCAACUGGCCAAUCAGGUACACCUGUGUGGAUGAAGGUGGAGAACUUGUUGGUGUUGCUGGGCGGAAUGGAGUGGCCCAUUAUUCCUUGCGGCUGCGACGAUGGCAUCUCUUUGGCAAUGAGAGCCAGGAACGAGAUUUUGUGGUGACUGGUGGCCUGCUUUGGUGGCGGUCAACAUGGCUAGUACUUGGGGCCUACAACAUACCAGCCAACAUGGAUGAACUUAGGCUUUAUCCCCGGGACCAUAAGCUGGAUAAUCUUUAUGUCACUACGGUGCCCCAACCUGCUCAGGUGCUUUUGUUAAAUAUAUAUGGGGAUCAGCUGAUUGUGUUAACUGCUGAUUGCCAUAUCACAGUGUAUAACCUUCAGCCUUCGGAAACAAACUCAGGCCAAAAUAGGGUAAGUAAGCGAAAAUCCAGAGGGAGCAGGGUAAGCAGGAAGAAAAGCAAGCAGAAGGGAAAUUCGGAGAGCCUGCUGUUUCCGAGGGGUGGUGGUAAUGUUACUGUGUCUCGAGUGCAGGAGGUAGACAUUUCUGGACUGACGGUGCACCCAGCGUGUGUUGUAUCCAUAUUACUGACCAGUCUCCGCACAGAGUCUUGGAGAGUCAGCAACAACCAACAUAACCCACUGCCAGCGCAGAGUGUCAUUAUCAAUAUAUCUGGCAAAGUACUUAUGAUACAACGAGAUCAGCAGGCAGAUGGUGCAGGUGGCAAUGGCAAGUUGUUUCAUUGUGCACAAAUGACACCAAUUGUCUUAGCCUCAAGCUGUGAAGCUCUGUGGUGCAGUAGCUGUGCUGUAAGUCAUAAGCCACAUCUUAGUCAUGCAUUGUGGCUACACUGUGGUGUUCAUGGCACACGAGCCUGGCUACCUCUCUUCCCCAACUCUGCUGACAAGUCUCACAUUUUCUUGGCGCGCAGAAUAAUGCUGCCAUUUACUCCGUCCAUAUAUCCUCUAGCUGUGUUGUUUGAGGAAGGAAUUUUGCUGGGGGCAGAGACUGACACGUCCCUGCUGGCAUGUGACGCUGCUUCUCUGCACCAGCCACUUACUAUUGUAGAGCGGACUAGUCAAGUUUACCUGCAUCACUUGUUGAGACAACUGCUGAGGCGUAACCUUGGGUACCAUGCUUGGGAAGUAGCCAGCACAUGUCGGGACUUGCCAUACUUCCCGCAUGCACUAGAGCUUCUCCUGCAUCAGGUUCUGGAAGAAGAAGCUUCGAGCAAAGACCCACUUCCAGAUUGCCUGCUACCCCGUGUAGUGGAGUUCAUUAGAGAGUUCCCAGUGUACCUGCAGACAGUAGUACAAUGUGCGCGAAAGACUGAGCUGGCCUUAUGGCGCUACCUCUUCUCUGCGGCAGGCAGUCCUAAGCUCCUCUUUGUCAAGGCUUUAGAGGAGGCCCAGCUGGAUACUGCUGCAUCAUACCUUAUCAUCCUGCAGAAUCUGGAGAGUGCCUCUGUGAGUCGAAGCCAUGCCACACGCCUUUUAGAUGCUACAUUAGAAGCUGGCAAAUGGGAUCUUUCUAAAGACCUCAUUCGAUUCCUCCGUUCAAUAGACCCGACGGACCUGGACUCGCCGAAGCCAUCGAUUCCAUCGUGUGGGAGCACUAAGGUUGGGUUCAGCCAUGCCACACCCCCCGUGUCCCCUGCAUGUGCCGAUGAAGACCUUUCGAUGAUUCUCCCCAACACUCAGAUACAGAUGUUGCGAAGACAUUCCUCUGUUCUGAUCACCGCCCCGCAGGUGCUCCGUGGGAGGUCUUUCUCCUCAACGUCAGCCCCAAAGGUGGCAGUUGGGGAUGGGACUGCAGCCUCUCAUCAGUCAGUGGUCAGAACAACGUCAGACUCGGCAAAAGUCCUGCCAGAAAUCAGUCGUCAGUGUCAGACCGUACCGACACAGCGUAAGCGAUCGACAAAUUCGUUGAGCAAGGAUGUGUCAACAGCAGAAGAAUACUUUUUGGAUGUGAUUCUACAGAGGCACGCAAAGAAACUCUUACUGAGCUGCCGUCUACGAGAUUUGGGGACAAUGGCAGCACACUUAGACUUUCCAUUAGUGUCAUGGCUCAGGAGAGAGAGAAGUCGCGCUGCCCGGGUGGAUGACUUUGUUGCGUCAUUGAAGCAGAUCCACAGAGAAUUCUCUUGGCCAUACCCUUCCGUCCCAACUUCCCAUAUCCGCCGUUACUCAGUCUCCUCUGUGCGAUCUGGAGGGAGUCCUGAUGAGAGAUCUGUUAUGGUGGAGGAGAAAAUGCAAGGACUCUCAAUCUCAGUGCCAAAGGUGUCUUCACUGGGUACAGGAGAAGUAGGAGACAGUGGAUAUAUGAGCCAAGCAACAGGAGACACACACACAGCUGUGACUCCCCAACACACACCCCAUUCACCCAAGUCUCCAUAUGCUCUCCAGGAAGUCAUGCCUCGCCAAGCCCUGCUGGUCCCACAUUCUCCCAGAACAGGUGAUACAGUGAGUGUGAUGAGUGAAGAAGGGACUUUGUAUGGGGAUGACACGUCGAGUGUGUGUGGUGACUGGAGCCCUGAGGGAGGAGACCCAAUGCGUGAUCUGCUUUCCCGGCCCCCUGAUCCCCCUCCCCAGUCCUCUCCAAGACCCCCUCCUCAUGCUGAAGUUCAGCUUAGAUACUUACUCUUGGGAUAUCAAAAUUUCCUUGGAGCAAUAAUGGGCCAAGUUAAGGUCUUGGAAAGGCUUGCAAAUACCCGAGAAAUAUCACGGACUCCAAGUCCCCACUCUUCCCGUCCUCCUUCUACAAGUCACGAAUCCGAGCCCCCUCCCAGCCAGGAGAGUUCCCAUAGGUCUUCUGUUCGAACUUCCCCUCCCCCGUCAUCGCAUCAGCAGCAAGGCCAGCAGCAGCAGUCAAUGCAGGUGCAGAAUCAAACACAGGGUCAGCAGACACAGCAGGUACCACAACAGCAGGCGCCGCAGCCAUUGCCUCACCCAGGCAUGCCCAAGGUAUCUUAUCUUCCUCGAAAUUCCAUAUCUGCCGGAGAAACUCUUCAGGAGGAAACUUCGAACCCAGAGUCUGAGAAUGAGCUCAGGGACUCCGUUCACGAAGGCAUUUCCACUCUGGAGGAAGAGGGAAGUGCCGCCUGCGUUGUGUCAUAGGCCAGCUGGAGCUACUGUUGGUCAAGUACUUUUUUUAAAUUUUUUUUUAAUAUCCAAAGGCAAUAAUGAAAAGAAUGCUACUAAACUUGCUCACAACUUUCGUGGUUUGUAAUUUUUCUCACAAUAGUGAAGAUUUAAAGCAAAAGUAGAGUUGUAUUAGCCAAAUGACUGGUGCUUAAUUUGGAAAUCUUUGUAACUGCUUUGUUUAGUUGGCAAAAAGUAGUAGAGCAUGUGUUGUAAACUGAGGGAUUAAACAUGUUGGCAUUUUUCAUAUAUAAGGGAAAGAUUGUCAGUAUUUUAUGGAUUUAAUUAAUCUGUUAUUUGAUAAUGGAUAUUUCAGUUUGAAAGGUUACUUGACAGGAAGAGUUUAUUUGGGAUUGAGGUUCUGGUUUGACUAAAUUUCUUAUACUGUAAGGUUUGGAAUCAGAAUAUAGGGAAGUCAUUAUAAAAAGAAGAUUUCACCAUUAACAUAAUUUCUUGCUUUGCGUAAUUUAUUUUCAAUAUUUUUAGAAGUUACAUCUGAAAAUAUGAGCUUACACAACACAGUGUUGAAUGGUAAUGAUAGAUAAGAAAAAGAGCAGUUAGUUCUAUUAAGAGUAGUAUGAUUCCAUAACCAACCAGCUGUAGUUCUGCUGCAAGGCAUUACUUGAGGGGCCAAGGAGAAUAUUAUAGUCCAUGUUAUAUAUGAGCUUUAACCCAUGUACAUGUGUGUGAUGUAUUGAUAUUUUUUUCUUUAGAGGAUAGAAUUGUAUUUAGGUAAAUUUGAUCUGUAACAUAUUUUAUAGGAGCUGUAAUACACAUAGAAAAUCUAUAUCUAUCUAUAUAUGUAUGGGCUGGUCCUAUCCACCAUUGUUAGGGCCUUUAAGAGAGUAAUUGUUACAAUAAUCAAGGAUAGAAUUUUAACUUUUUUCACAUUUUACAGACUUAUAGUUUAAAUGUUGAAGCACAGGAGCAGGAUAUAGUGAUAUUGCCUAAAUCUAACAUGAAGGUUUAUUUUUUCCUCAAAGUGUGUGCCUUGAGGAUUCUAUGAAGUGUUUGUAAUUAAAUUUUGUGGUGUAAAACUUUGUGGAGGUAUGUGAUAUGUUGCUAGCAAGCAGGUUUUUGUUAAUGUGGAUUUGUCAAGAACCUGAAAAGUGAGAUAAGAACCAGCAUGAUUCCAGUUGGCAUAUAGGGGGAGGUGUGCGCUAAUUUUUAAUGGGAUUUUAUGUGCAUUUCUCUGAGGCAGAAAAGGAUAGAGAGACAGUCCCUAAGGUGGGAAACCAUAAUGGAAAAUAGGCAUGUUUUGUACAUCUUUUUAUCAGGGAAGAAGCAUGUUUUUUCUUAUUUAUUUCUUAUUGAAUUUCCCUCCAAUAGGCUGAAGUCAAAAUGAAACACAUGGUCUCUUAAUGCAUUUAGAGACAGUAGGUUAUGAAUUGGAUGACAAAUAUUUUAGAUUUUGUACUAGAAUGAAGGAGUUGUUAAACAGACACAGCAGUGAAAAAUGAUAAACUCACAGAGUCCUCUAUUUAAAUACAGUUUUUGUUAAUAGGUAAAGGCUGUCAAAUAUAUUGAUGAUAAUGGCCCUAUCUGGAUGCAAAAGUUUGUCAAAGAUAGUUAAAGAUAGACAGUAGGAAGUAUGGUUGCAUGAAUAAGUAAAUGCAUGUUGUGGGUGAAAAAGGUCUGUAUGUAUGGAUGAAUGGAGUAGAACAAUUUAUUAGGAGAAUGCACUUUUACAAUUGUAUAAGAGAUUAUCUGAUUAUUUUGGACAUGUUACGGUGUACUUAUAGUGACAGAUAGAAAAUACUACACACGAAGAAUAAGUGAUUCAGCGUGAUUAUUAACGGAGAGUAGACCUCCAGUGGAAGAUGGGAAGAAUUAGAACUAACAGGGAAAUUUUGUAUAGGUUUUUAAAAGUUUUGGAAUGAUACCAUUAUCAUUUGGAAGUUUAGUGAUGCCAAACUAUUUAUUUUUUACAAAGGCGAAUCCUGAGGUGAAAUUCAGCAUUAGUGUGUAAGAAAAUGGGAUAUGUCAGCUUUUCUUACAUGUUGUUUUUGGCCAUGUGAAUUUGGUGGCUCAGGUAUUAAAAAAAAAAAAGGAAAAAAAAA